GUGUGUUGCCUAUCAACCGCUCAUACACCGGCCCGACCCAACACAGCCAUGCUAGGGCUUGUGUCGUACAGAUGAGACACUAACUGAAUGAUGGACUAAUCCUCGGCAUUUUGUUUUUCCGACAACUAUUAAAUAUUUUAAGGAAAUACCGAACUGGAAUUUUGAGAUUAUCACGGUUAUUUUGGGAUAUUACUGAAGCAGCUAGCCGAGAGCUGACGUUACUUUGGCUUUGACCACUGCGGCCAGGUGGAGUUUCAGUAUGCAGCUGUACUGAGGAUGCUGGCUGUGUUAGCUUUGCUCAUGAUGGUUACGAGCAGUGAAGCAGAGUUGUGCCAAGGCAAUGAGAACUGCUCCAGCUCCAAUGUCUCAAAGGACUUCUGCUUUUCGGCCCGGAUCCGCAGCACCGUGCUCCAGGGCCUGCCCUUCGGAGGAGUGCCCACCGUACUUGCCCUUGACUUCAUGUGCUUCUUGGUACUGCUAUGUGUGUUCUCUCUCUUGAGGAAGGUGGCGUUUGAUUAUGGGCGUCUUGCAUUGGUCUCUGAUGCUGACAGGAGGAAACAGGAAUACCAGCGUCUGGAUGAGCAGGAAUAUGUGGCCUCCGCCAUGCAGACGCCUGCUGACUCCCGAUACGAGCGUCUCACCUCUGUGUCCAGCUCAGUCGACUAUGACCAAAGGGACAAUGGCUAUUGUUCCUGGCUAACUGCCAUCUUCAGGAUAAAAGAUGACGAGAUCAGGGAGAAGUGUGGUGAGGAUUCUGUGCACUACCUCUCAUUCCAGCGGCACAUCAUUGGUCUGUUGGUAGUGGUGGGCGUGCUCUCCGUGGGCAUCGUCCUGCCCAUCAACUUCUCAGGAGACCUAUUAGAAGAUAAUGCCUACAGUUUUGGGCGAACUACAAUAGCCAACUUAAAAUCUGGUAAUAACCUGCUGUGGCUGCACACUACGUUUGCCUUCUUCUAUCUGUUACUGACUGUGUUCAGCAUGAGAAGACACACAUCAAGGAUGCACUACAAAGAGGACGACUUGGUGAAACGCACUUUAUUCAUUACCGGGAUCGCAAAAUAUGCAGAAGAGAGUGAUAUAAAGCAGCAUUUUGAGAAAGCAUAUGAAAACUGUGUGGUUCUGGAUGCUCGCAUUUGUUACGACGUUGCCAAGCUUAUGUCCCUGGAGUCUGAAAGGAAAAAGGCAGAACGCAGCAAAAAGUUCUACACCGACCUGAAGGCCAAGGAGCACAUGUCCACUAUGAUUAACCCCAAACCCUGCGGCCACCUCUGCUGCUGCAUCAUCGCCGGCUGCGAGCAGGAAGAUGCUGUGAACUACUACACUAAUCUUGAGGGCAAACUGAAGGAAGAAUACAGAAAAGAACGAGAAAAAGUCAACACUAAACCUCUGGGAAUGGCUUUUGUUACUUUCCAGAAUGAAUCAAUGACAGCCGUCAUCUUGAAAGAUUUUAACGCGUGUCAGUUUCACGGCUGUCACUGUCGACGAGAGCCAAAGUGCUCCACCUUCAGCAACCUCCUCAACACAAACAACUGGACAGUCACAUACGCUCCAGAUCCACAGAAUGUUUACUGGGAGCAUUUGUCCAUUGGUGGUCUCAACUGGUGGCUCCGCUGCUUUGUCAUCAACUGCUUUCUCUUCAUCUUGCUCUUCUUCCUCACCACCCCUGCCAUCAUCAUCUCCACCAUGGACAAGUUCAACGUCACCAAACCUGUGGAGUACCUGAACAACCCCAUCAUCACUCAGUUCUUCCCCACCCUGCUGUUGUGGUGCUUCUCGGCCCUUCUCCCCACCAUCGUCUACUACUCCGCCUUCUUUGAGGCCCACUGGACACGAUCUGGAGAGAACAGAACCACCAUGCACAAAUGCUACACCUUCCUCAUCUUUAUGGUUCUGCUUCUGCCGUCUCUGGGACUGAGCAGUUUGGAUGUUUUCUUCCGCUGGCUCUUUGACAAGAAAUUCCUGGAUGAGGCAAAAGUCCGAUUCGAGUGUGUCUUCCUUCCUGAUAAUGGAGCUUUCUUUGUGAACUAUGUCACUGCGUCUGCCUUCAUUGGUAACGCCAUGGACCUGUUACGCAUUCCUUAUUUCCUUUUGUACAUGAUCCGGCUGUGUCUGGCACGUUCAGCUGCCGAGAGGCGCAACGUGAAGAAGCAUCAAGCUUAUGAGUUCCAGUUUGGAGCUGCUUACGCCUGGAUGAUGAAUGUCUUUACUGUGGUCAUGACCUACAGCAUCACCUGUCCAAUUAUUGUACCAUUUGGACUGAUGUACAUGCUACUGAAGCACCUGGUGGACAGGUAUAACAUGUAUUAUGCCUACCUGCCCUCCAAACUGGACAAGAAAAUCCACUCUGGAGCUGUCAACCAGGUGGUGGCAGCACCCAUCCUCUGCCUUUUCUGGCUGCUCUUCUUCUCUACUGUCCGGACAGGUUUUGUUGCUCCAACCUCAAUGUUUACCUUUGUGGUUCUGAUCAUCACCAUCAUCAUUUGCCUCUCCCACGUCGUCUUCGGUCAUUUCAAAUACCUCAGUGCGCACAAUUACAAGAUCGACAUGGACGUUGUAGACAAUGGACGACCCCGGCAUUCAUCUCCACCUAUCAAGUCUGUGCAGACGUACGUCGCCCAAGUGCUACAGGACCCAAACACAGAUGAGACGGGAAGUGGCGAGGACGAGGGGCAGGGGUCAUCGCAGGAUGAUGAGGUGGUGAACGAGGGUGAUUUCCAAUCAGGAGAGGAUCGUCUUAUUGAGAACGAGGUGCAUCACUGACCCUGGCCGGGCCACGCCAUGUGCUGAACUUAAACAUGACCAAACAGAGAUCCACUGCACCUCACUACACUUACUGAGCUUGUGAAUCCAUCACAGCUGACAGCUCUAACACACAUUUAUCACUGAGGUUUGGAGACAGGAUGGCCAAUUGUCAAGAAUAUGGAGUGGCUUGUGAUUGUACUCCAACUAUUAGAAACUGAGUUUCAUAAAUCUUCUUUAGAUUGGUUACCCUGUUCGUACAACUUUUCUUGCCAUUCAAUAAGCGCAUGUCUAGUAAAUUAGUCCAAAACAAUUAAAAUUUGAAUUUUUACCUGUUAUGACAAAGCAAACUGCUGUAGUGCUAUCUCAAGUGGGCAGAAAGGUGUAUAUUAAUGUGGAUAUCACAAAAACAAAUAUAGGUCAGAUUUCACCUCCAAAUCUUUUGCAUAAAGAAAAGAUUUCUUAGGAAAUGUGUUACAUAGGAUAAGAAAAAUAGAUAUCUAUGGUAACAGAUAGGUAUGAUUUAACCAAUCGGAAUCAAGUAUUUGAGUAUUUUAUUUUCAAGUAUUUUUUUUUAGCUUUAGCAACACCCCGUGUUAAUCAUCUGUAGUACACAGAAAUACUAUCACGGAUCAUUUUUCAAAUGUUGUGAGAAAUCAUACAUAUUGGAAACGCUUGUGGAAUAAACAUCAGUAAUAAUGACAGGCAGUCAAUCUCAAUGUUUCUGAAAGUUUGGAGUUUCCCAGCUGAAAUGGCACUAUAGCACAAUAUUUUUGGAGAUGAGCAAAUUAAUUCACAUAACUUUUAUUCUUCUUUACCAAAGCGAAUGUACUGUUUAACAUAAAGACUACGGCUAGUCUCUCUUAUAUAAGUAAUUGUUGUAAAACACAGAAUCGAAAAACUCACUCCAGCCUGCAGAAUUAACGACUGUGAGGAAAACAGCCGCCGAACACUAAUCAUCUCACCUUGUACUUGAACUGGAAAAGCCACUUUCAGACUGUCUGACAGACUCAAGUCAAAUCACUUUCCCUGGAACUAAUCUGCUUACGUCUUCUGUACAUCCAGUGUUGAAAUGUAAACCUGCUAAAGCAUACUUGCGCUAUACGUAGUAUGACGCUACUUUCUGAAUGAGGCAUCAGAUGGACCGGUUUAAAUUGUGUUGCUCUACUGAGGAAUGUCCUGUCAAUAACUGGUACUGUAGCAAAAAGAACUUUAACCCACAGCAAAUUCCCUGUGUGGACUUAAGGUGGAAUUUGUGAAUGUGAAUAUAUUUUUAUUUUUUGUUAUGCAUGGGUAUGAAAUAAUGGUUUCAUUAGUUUUUAUUUUUAUUGCCACUAACAAGUGAUGUACACAAUACCAUUUUGGAUCACUUACUCAUAAAAUCUGUAAAAAGUGCAUUGGAAACAUAAUCAGAAAUCACUGAACAUCCUAAAAAUGUGGUUUAUGAUGAAAGCAAGAUCUCCUUGGGUCAUAUCAACAUGUGUCCUAAAUAAGACAACAUUGGUGUGUUCCUUUGCAAUUUUACAAGUGAACUGGAAAUAACAGGCUCUCUUACCUGUGUGCAUUUAUUUUUCGCUGACACUUGCAGUUGUGAGCUUUUUUGACUGGGUUUAUGCAUCAUUUAGUGGUUGAAGUCUGAAAAAAAAAAACACACACAAAAACUAGUACAUUGACCACUAUUUAUUAGCCUACGACACUCUUUAUAUCUGUUUUGUCACCAUGUUCAGACAUUUGUGCUACUGUGUCCAUUAUAUACAUAUUGCAUCAGUGCUCUCUGUGCAUUGUUGAACAUGCAAGUCAGAACUGGAAACAAAAUCUUUUUUAGUUUUUCUCUCAAAAUAAGCAGACAAAGGCUGUGCCUUGGGUACUUGCUUUAAAAUGUAACUACUUUAUUUUCUUUGUCCGACCUCUUAAUUGGUGGGCCUUUUCUGCUUGUGGACCUAAAUAGUUCUCAUUGUGACAUUUAUUGUUUACAGAAAUAGCAACGCAGUGUUUAACUGUCAUUUUCUGCAACAAAUGUUAACUUGAAACAGUCGUCUGGUGUAUGUAAACUUGUGAAUUAGCACAUUAGUGAUAUUUUAAGUUAACUUAUGUAAAUCACACUAAUCUACCAAUCUAUCACUGAGGAGCUUUGUAACUGUUAAAUGCAAAUAACACUGUAGGCUAUGCACUUCAUGUGCAAUAUGUAACAUUAUGAUGGUGUAUAUAACAAUAUCAAGCCAUUUUUUUUUUUCAGUGAUCUUAUUUGGAUUACAUUGAGUAACUGCAGUGCUUUGUCAGUCUGGCGCUCUUGCUGCUUAGAUACUGUAGGUGAUGACCAUAUGACUGCAUCCUGGAUCUAUUUAAGGAAAAACACUGUUUCAAGCAUGAUGUGGCAAAUAAUUUAUGAAUGCAUCUUUAUAGGCUUUUCCCAUUUGUUACAGAUGUGGUCCACAAUAUUUAUUACUUUUCUUUCUUGUGAAUUAACUGGCCAUGGGCCCAGAGUGAAGUGGUUAAAUCAGUGUAAUAUUUUUGUAAAUAGAAGCAUUGCACUGCUCUUGGAACACUUAACUGUAUUUACAUUUGUACAGCUUAGCCAGCAAAACAUGUACAGUCAACCAUGCAUUGUUUGCUUUUGUCCAUUCAGAUUUCCCUUAAGAUCGUACUUUGCUUGCGAUUGCUGUUUUUAAUAGUUUUGUAUCUCAACCUUCCCUCAAAUUAUCUUUUGUACAGUGUCAUCCUCAAACUCUUCCAUGUCUUUGAACAAUAAAAUAGACUGACAAAAGGAUACAAA